AUUUUCCAAUUUUCGUUCUUUGUGUUGAUUGGUGUUGAUGUUCGAGGGUGUGUGAGCAUAUUGUGGUAUCCGUAAUAUGAUUUUGAGAUAAUAUAUCAUAUAACUAAUGAGAUAAGCCGUAUUAUCUCAAAAUAAUACAAAAAACGCAGAAACAUGAAGAUUUGGACCUCCGAGCAUAUUUUUAAUCAUCCUUGGGAGACCGUAGCUCAGGCAGCAUGGAGGAAGUAUCCCAAUCCCAUGAACCCAGCCGUUAUCGGAAUCGAUGUUGUCGACAGGAAGGUAGUAGAUGGAGUUUUAAUUACUCAUAGAUUGGUGAGCUCGAAAUGGUUCUUUCCAAGAUGGGCACAAGCCCUAAUCGGAACAGCCAAGAUUUGCUAUGCCAGUGAAAAGUCUGAAGUGAAUCCAAACGAAAGACAAAUGACCCUCAAAACCUCAAACCUCACAUUCUGUCGGUACAUAGCCGUUGAUGAAACUGUGAAAUACACACCUCACCCCUCUGAUGCAUCAAAAACUCUUCUCACACAAGAAGCUGUUGUUACUGUCCAGGGUGUUCCAUUAAGCAACUACAUGGAAGAUCUUUUGGCAAACAAAAUUUCUCUGAAUGCUGGGAAAGGCCGUCAAGCAAUUGAAUGGGCUAUUGACAAAUUAGAUUCGGAAAUUAAGGAAUUAGCAAAUUCAGCAUGCAAAAGCACAGAUGAACUUUUGUCGCAAACAAAAAAGUCGAUUGAUGAUAUCACCUCUACAGCAAGAAAAUCCAUGGACGACAUAUCGUCUAAAGCAAAACGGUCUUUAGAUGACAUAGAGAAAUUAACCAAGACAAAUGCUAAUCAACGAAGCUGAAAAGAGGAGUGAAUUAUGAUCUCUAGAUCAUUACAACACGAACUAGCCCAUUCAAUAUGGCUCACUUUGUACCUCAUGUAGUUUAUUUUGUUUAUUGGAGUGAAAACAUUAAUUUUUAUUUCUGUGAAUUUGCAAAUUACUUUUACUAAAUUAUUUUGAAUUCCUGUGUGAAUAAAAAUUUAAGUAUGUAUUGAUUUAUUUUGGAUAGAAUAAAUAAUAUGUGUGUAAAGGUAUAAAAGCAUUUCUAGAAAAAUAUUUAGCAAAAAUAAAUGGUGUUAUUCAUGAUUUUUAAGUUUCAUGCUUAUCGUAAAUUAUCUCAGAAUUCCAUAACAUUAAGUGU